AUGGAGGCAUUGCUGGCGCAUUCGUUUGACUAUCUCUCUUCAUACGAGCCAAGCAAGGUCCGGAAAGGACUGCGACAGGUUGAAGGGCUCCUCGCACAGAUAUGUUUGUCCAAGUCGAAACGACCGGCGUCUGACAAACGGCGGUCCCUCCUGUCCUUUGGAGCUCCGCAACCCGUGCCCAAGUCCUUGUCCGAACUCAGGGAUGACCCGGCCUUCAGGGAAUUUUUCAAGCUUCAAGAAGGCUUCCAAUGGAACGUUGCAUUGCGCCUGGUAACAUGUCUGGAGCAUCUGCUUGGGCGGGGCAGCAAUGGCACCAAUGACGCUCUCAUCGUUACCACGCUUGACCUCAUACAAGGCGUGCUGCUGCUGCACCCACCGUCGCGCACCUUAUUCGCGCGCGAAAUAUACAUGAACUUGCUCCUGGACUUGCUCGACCCCAUCAAUUGCCCAGCCAUCCAAUCAGCGACUCUUCUCACCUUGGUCACGGCCCUUCUUGACCACCCAGCCAACACGCGCACCUUCGAGGAACUGGACGGACUACUUACCGUGACCUCGUUGUUCAAGCAGCGCGCAACGUCGCGCGAAGUGAAACUGAAGCUUGUGGAAUUUCUGUACUUCUAUCUGAUGCCAGAAACGCCAAUGAUCCCAGCAAGCCACUCUGCACCCAACACAGCCGUCAUGGGUCAUCAGCGCAGCCCCAGCAAGCUUGGCGCAGCACAGGUGUCGAGGAGUGUUAAUGUUCCGGGGCCGUACGGCGGCGGGAAAGCGCAUCGCGACACGCGCACCACCGACGAAAAGCAAGCAUUAUUAGGACGACAUUUGAACAAUGUGGAGGAUCUGGUGGAAGAUCUGAAGGAGACCGCGCCCUUCGGCGCAACCGUCUAUUAA